AUGCAAGCACCUGCUGCAUCGCGGCCGCAUCGGCCAGUGCCGAGAUCAAGCUCAAGAGCAAUCACGUUCAUUUUCAGAGACUAUUCCCUGUUUCACAUUGCCAUGGCCGGUCCAGUCUCGAUUAUUUUCGGAGCGACAGGUGGAAUUGGGGCUGCUACGGCUCGCUUACUUCAUAAGCGAGGCCACCAGCUAGUUCUAGUCGCAAGAAACAAGGAGAAACUGGACCAACUCGCUGGCGAGCUCGGUGGGUCGCGCCCUAGCGACACAGGCGCGCCGACUGUUCACGCUGCGGAUAUUUUGCAGUCUGCAGCGGUUGAGGAAGCGUUUAAAAAGGCGCUGGAUCAGCACGGGACGCUGGACCACGUGACGCACUGCGUAGGUUCUAUCGUUUUGAAGCCCAUAACCUCAGUCUCCGACGAGCUGUUGCAGGAAACGCUACAGCUGAAUACUGCUUCCGCCUUUUACGUCCUGCGAGCGGCCUGUAAACAACUCCCGCGCCUCCGCCAGUCCACGGGAGACGGUCCGGUGAACAAGAGUGUUACUCUCUGUACAAGUGCUGUGAGCAUGCACGGGCUACCGAACCAUGAAGCGAUCGCAGCAGCAAAGGCCGGGGUGAUAGGCAUGGCCCGUAGUGCAGCCGCGUCGUUCGCACCGCGUGGACUCCGCGUCAACUGUGUAGCACCGGGUAUGACGGAGACGCCACUUGCAUCGUUUAUCACGGAGCGACCAGCAUCGAGAAAAGCAAGCGAAGUGCUUCAUCCGCUAGGUAGAAUCGGACGUCCCGAAGAGGUGGCGAGCGCCAUUGUCCUGCUCAUAGAGAAUCCGUUCAUCACGGGGCAGGUCUUGGCGGUAGACGGUGGUCUAAGCACCUUGGUAUCUCAGCAAAGUGCCCGAUAG